AUGGCAAAAAAAGUUUUGUCAUAUUAUGAUGUUAUACUUUAUGAAGAGGAUGUAAAAUUAUUUGAUGAUUAUAACUGGAUCAAUGAUCAAUGUAUUGAUUUUUAUAUAGAAUAUAUUGAGAAUAAUUUUAAACAAAAAGCAAACUCUGAUUUCCAGAUAUUUUUUCUUAGACCAGCAUUAAUUUACCUUAUAUCCAAUGCUGUUGAUACAAAAUAUUUUAAAAAUGUUAUCCCAAAUCAAGUAUUUUCAUCAGAAAUAUUUUUUAUGAUAAUAAAUAACAAUUUAAAUGUAAAUCAACCAAGAGGUGGAACUCAUUGGUCAUUAUUAAUCUAUGUUAAAGGGCUUAAUACAUUUUUUCAUUUUGAUAGUUGUCAUAAUAUGAAUGAAAAGAUUGCUAAAUUUAAUGCACUUAAAUUUUCAGAAAUUAUUAAAAUUCAAGAAUGUGGAAUAUAUGUUUUAUCUUUUAUGGAUGUACUUUAUAAAAGAUUUUUGGAUUAUUCAUCAUUAGACAAAUUAGAUGUUGAGAAAUUACUUGAAAUCAGUCGUGAUGAUGUUUUGCCUGCUAAAAUAAUGAGAGAAAACUUGAGAAAUCUGCCAAUACCUUUUGGAUCAAGUAAAACAUUUAAUUAUGAAAAAAACACCAUUCAAGCAUUAGAAAAAGUUCAACGCCUUGCAAAAAGUUGUUUGUGUGGUACAGUAGAAGAAUGGUUCUCAAAAAAUCUGGCAUCAUUGAUUGAUAACAAUUCAUUAACAAUAACAGCAACAUUAGCUUCUUCAGCAGCCCAAAUUUCUGCCAAACCUAUAACUUCUUUAAAUAAAUCAACAGCGGAUUACUAA